AUGUCACUCCGCCACCUCGUAGCCCGCUCCCUCUCCACGGCCGACCUCUCCGGCCGCCUCCGCUCCCUCUCCACCGCCGACCUCGCCGGCCGCCUCCGCCGCUCCCUCUCCACCGCCACGCACCCGCCAUGGGCAAUCAUCCACGACACGUCGGAGGUCGACCGGUCGUCGUCGGCCCCGGGCGCGUGCUUCCGCCCCGUGGCUCCUCCGGGCGUUUCCCACAUCUUCGCCCCAGCGCACCUCAUCGAUCCCACGCAACGCCCGAACGCGGGCAGCAGCGACGGCGUCCUCCAAUACCUUGGCGGCAACGUCGUCCAGCUCCUCUUCGGCAACGUCGGCGCCGCCAGCGGCGACGGCCACCUCCUGCUCAGCUACCACGACCUCCGGGCGGAGGGCCCUUGCACCCGCUGGGACCUGGCCGAGAACCCCGAAGUCCACCGCUUCGUCUGCAACCCCCUCACCGGCCAGAUGCUCCGCCUGCCCGACUUCGGCGGCUCCAGGAGGAUCUUCGCCCUCCACAGCAUGGGUCUCCUCACCCAGGCCGACGGAGGGCUCGGGUUCGCCGUCGCCGAGUUCGUCCUCAAUGGCGCCGCCAUCGUGCGGUUUCUCUCUGAGGAAGGGAAGUGGAACGCGGUACGGCCGGUCCAUGGCAAUCCAUCGCUCCCGCGCCCGAUAGAGAUGAACCAGGAGACGGUUGCCUUCGGCGGCCGGCUGUGGUGGGUCGACCUGACCUUGGGUGCCGUCUCCGUCGACCCCUUCGCCGACCAGCCAGAGAUCCGCUUCGUUGAGCUGCCGAGCGGCAGCGUGCUGCCUGCGCCUGCACGUGUGGACGAAGCAGAUCCCUGCAAGGUCGAGGAACGGGGGCUGCUCAUUAUGGAGGUGACCAAUCGCCGGCGCAUCGGCGUGAGCGAGGGGAGGCUGCGCUACGCCGAGGUGACUCCCGGCGGGCCAUUUCUUCUCAGCUCCUAUGCGCUCGACGACGACGAGGGCACCGGCUGGAAGCUGGAGCACCAGGUGGCGCUCAGGCAGGUGUUGGCGGACGGAGGCUACUCGGCACAGGCGGCGCCGCAGAUCGCCGUCCUUGACCCCGUCGACGCCAACAUCAUUUACCUCAAGGUCGGCAAGGACGUCGUCGUCGUGGACAUGCAUAAUGGGAAUUUGAUUGGGGGCUGUCGGCUUCAAGGAGAGUACGUUUCUCUUGUACCAUGUGUGCUUCCACCCUGGCUUGGAUCAAGCCGGAUCCCCGCCGAAGGCAAGAAGGGUGGCAUGGAAGUGACAGAUGAUCUGGUCAGUAGCGCCUAGAAGUCGUGAAUGGGCAUCAGUCUACCAGCUUAUGUAUCUCUGGUUUCCUGGGACUAAUAGAUGGAGGGGCUGCACUAUAUUAGGAUAGAAGCUGGCGGUAGUUUGUCGAACUCUCAUUUUGGGUGAAAUCUGGAAUAUUUUGGAUUUACUGUAGUUUCUUGAUGAGUUACCAACUUACCAUCUCGUUUAGAGGGAAAUCUAGCAGUUGGUUCAACAGUCCAUUAGGAUAUUGCAGUAGAACUAAAUGAAAUCCACAUCUGACAACUGUCACAAGACCGCAUGCAUGAAGUUACUUGCAAGAAAUAUGCUCAUCUUUUGUUUUCAAUUUCAGAAAAAGAAAAAUAAAGCUCAUCUUUUUGUAGGAAAACAUGGAUGGAUCCAUGAUUUUAAAUGCUUGUAGACUUGUAGUCUUGGUGACAUCUGUUAUGAAUUGAUGAAUAUUUCAACAGUUCAGGAUU